CAACGGUAACGAACCGUCGAUAUUAAAACGUCGGAAUGGGUUGGACAACAAUCGAAAGAGAGAAUUUCAACGAAGCAAACUUACUGCGGCGAAACCAAUGAAAUAUUUGCUGAAUACUUUGGUCCGUUAUUGCAAACGCAGCUCUCUUCACGGCUUGAAUUAUAUCGUCGAGCCUGGUGCGCAUUUAAUGGAUCGUCUGAUUUGGUCAGUGCUAUUUAUUACGUCAGUGGUGAGCGCCGGUGCCGUGAUUUACCUGCUAUCGACGAGGUUCAAGUCGGCCAGUACAUCGACGGUGGUCGAAACAACGAACUACCCGAUAUGGAAUCUUCCGUUUCCGAGCGUUACUUUUUGCCCCAGCAGUCGAAUCGAUUGGCAAAAAGCGAUGGAAAUCGAAAAGGAAAUGGUGCCUAAGGGUGACCGAGAGGCUAUCAAGACCUAUAGAGAAGUUGUGACGAAAUUGGCUUCCCUUACUUUCGGUGAUUUCGAUGAAUUUCGUUUCUUGAGAAAUCGUUCGAUGGGGAUGCAAAACAUGACGACAUUCCUUCGAAGCGUCGCUCCAACUUGUUCGAAACUUCUCAAGAACUGUUGGUGGCGCGACGAUUAUGAAAAGUGUUGCGAUUUAUUCGAAGAGCAGAGAACCGAGUACGGCUUCUGUUUUUCAUUCAAUUCGGAGACCGCUGAUCACGACAUGGAAAAGUACAGCGAAGUAGCGAGACCGAGGAGAGCGAGUUGGAUGGGUGAAUGGCACGGGAUCAGAUUUUACGUGAAAUUAAACGAAACCAAUCAGCCUCCGAGAUCCGGCAACGCACUUGGGAUCACGGUGUUCAUCGGGCAUCCGACGUCGUGGGCAUCAAGUGGACAAAAUGUUGGAAUCGGAACUAUGGCCAGUAUUUCCGUACAGUGUCCGUCGAGUUACGCGACCAAAAGAGUCCUCACAUUGCAGGAGAAUAAAAUGCCCUGCGUACCGAAUCCGAACAAUGAGUACAACCAGGAAUAUUGCAUGACCAGAUGCAGGCGAGACUACGUAAUUUCGCGUUGCGGUUGCAAUCCUUAUUUCUUGAUGCCAGCAGCAAACAAACGCGACUGCGAUUGGGGGGAUCUGAUUUGCUUGGAUAAGGAGAACGAUUUCUUCAACCACUACAUCGUGUCGGACAACAAAUACUUUCCCCGAUCUGCUGCGGGAAUGAAUUGCAGCUGUUUGCCGGAAUGUGAGGUGUACGAUUACAUGUAUCAGAUCAGUCAUACCGCGUUAGGGAAAGCGAUCGCGUCUGACACCGUAUUGGUCGACGUUCACUUCGCUUCUUCAACUAUGAUACGAUACAGAACGGACAUGGUUCACACGCCGCUGGAUUUGCUCGUCUCCUUCGGAGGAGUGAUCGGCCUGUUCCUCGGUGGUUCGAUACUGAGCGCCGUUGAGAUUUUCUAUUAUCUGACCGUCGGUAUUAUUCGUCAAGCUUUUCGACGAUCCGAGAAAUUUUCAAGAAAACGUACGGGGGACAAAAAAAAACUGAAGAACUUCGAUCGGGCCGAACAACCGUCGGUCCAAACCGUUCACGGAGUGGUCCUGCCUCUCGUGGAUUUUGAUCAGAAUCAACGAUCGAUGAAUUUUUAUAAGUACUGAUCGCCAGUUAUAAAAAUACCUUCUCUUGGGGCAUUUGUUCUUUGCGUUUCGUUGCGAUGUUAUAAUAUACGGAUACGCUUUCGUAAUUAACCAUAGCUCUGUUGUGCAGCGUUACAAAGGAAUACAAAAUUUUUCGAGAAGCACGCAAAAACGAAUAUGGAAAAUCCGAAACGUUGAAGCAUCGGCCAAUUAUAAACGUCAACGGGGCCGAUUAAAUUAAAGGACUACAUCCGGCUGGCGUUAUUAUUUCGUCGUCGAAAUCUUUUACAUUCGAGAUCAAAGUUCAAGAUAAAAAGUUUUUCGAGGUCAAGGGGAACGGCUAUUUAAGUCCGACGAGUACAUACAACGUAUGUACGGUACAAAUACCAAUACAGAUAUAUACGAGAGCGAUCGUCGUGGUAAAAAAAAAAAAGUUAAAAAUGAAGAAAAUAAAAAUCAACGGAGAAUCUCGUUAAAUUCAUACGAUUAUUGGACAGGAAUUGUUCAGGUAUAGGUAAUGGGGUUUCCUGGUUGAUCCUGACCAUCCGAGCAAACAUGUCAUUAAAUUUUCACGUAAUCCUGCGAAAGUGGUCGCUGGUUUUUACGGUAUUUUCUUCUUAUUUCUUUUUUUUUUCAAACUUCAAAUUUUUUUUUUCUCCAAAUUACCUAUUGCAGGAGCCGUGAGAGAUUUUGGGAAAAUAUACGCGACGGUUGCCUAAAAUUCCUUCAGGAUUCGAGGCGAUUGAUAUUUCCCGAAUCGAUCGGCGCGACGUUUCUAAAUAUUUCACAAAGAGAAAGCGAUUUGACAUAUUUCGCGAGAGCGCGAUGAUCAUUUAAUCAGAAGACAAGGGUCCUGCCGGUCCGUUUGCUGUCCAAUUACCGUCCCGAAGGAAUAUAAGCCUUAAAAUAACCGAGGAUGCGGAAGGAAAAGACAAAAUAAGGGAACCAGCCAGUUAUAACAAUCGAUCACCUUAUCGAGUGUAUAAUUGAUACGAAAAACGCAAGUAAAAUUGUUCGUUGAUUAUUCAACCCAUAAAUCGUCGAGGUUCCGGACUCGAGCGUCAGGUCGAAGAUCGGGUCAAGGGUUGAUCCCGGGUAGCGAGUCGGUCGAAUGAGGAAGAUGAGAAAGGGGGAAAAAGGAAAAGGGGGGCGAGGGGGGUGGGUGGUU